AUGUGCUCAGGCGGCUUUGCCAAGUGUCUCGGGAUCAGUCUGAUGCCCCUGUCGAUUGUGUGCGUGCUGUGUAACAUCCUGCUCUUCUUCCCCGGUGGAAAGGUGGUGGAGAACGAGCACAUCACACAGGAAGUCUGGUACUUUGGGGGCAUUCUGGGAUCUGGAGUGCUGAUGAUCUUCCCAGCUCUGGUCUUCCUGGGUCUGAAGAACAAUGACUGCUGCGGUUGCUGUGGUAACGAAAGCUGUGGGCAGAGAUUCGCAAUGCUGAGCUCCAUCCUGUUUGCAGGGGUGGGGGUUUUAGGGGCCGGUUACUCAGUGAUAGUGUCUGCUGUGGCCAUCAACCACGGGCCGUUGUGUUUUGCACAAAUUAAUGAUACAGCCGAAGCAUGGACAUAUCCCUUCUCUGAUGGUGGCUACCUCUCCGAUAAAAGCCGCUGGUCUGAGUGUAAGGAGCCGCCCGGCGUGGUGUCGUGGCAUCUCUCCCUGUUCUCGGUGCUGCUGGUCAUGGGUUUGAUCCAGGUGGCGCUGUGUGCGUUCCAGGUGGUGAACGGCCUGCUGGGAGCUUUGUGUGGGGACUGCUGUGGCUGCUGCGGAGGGGGCGACGGCGCUGUCUGAGCACCUCCUGCCGCCGUCACGUCACCUGCAGCUCCUCCUGUAUUUAUUCUGUUUUCAGCUCUUGCUUGAUGUAUUCUGUGGUCACAAAAUUUGGGAUAACAGCUCAUUAAUUAACAAUACACACAGGGUAACAACACAGAAAGUUUUUCCUGUUUCUUCUGUUGCAAACUCCUGUAGUGACUCCAUCUUCUCUUUCACACCUCAGUUACCAUCUGCUGUCAU